UUCAGUUUAGGGGUUAUAUCGGCGAAUUGAAUUGAGAAGAAGAAUUUCCGGACAGAUGGCGGCGUCCGUGGAAGAAUCACAUGUGAGCUUAGAAGAACUCACCGGUUCAGCUGAGGAGGAUGAAUCCGCUGGUGACAGCAGUGCAGACGGAGAAAGCGAUGAUGGAGGGUCUGAAGGAGAACAGGAGGAGGAGGAGGAUGAUGGAGGGAGUGAGGGAGAACAGGAGGAGGAAGGUGAUGGAGCAAUGGAAGGAGAACUGGCGGAAGGGGACAAUCCCAAUGCAGGGUGGGCAGAAGCCAUGGCUAAAAUCCUACAGAAGAAAACUCCGGAAAACAAGACUGGAAUCCUAAUAAAGAACAAAGAGCUGGAGAAAGCGAAGGAGAAAUUGAAGAAGGAACAGAUGGAGAGGAAGAAGCAGCUGGAUAAGAAGCGGGCAUGGGAGAUGAUGUGUCGGGAGAAGCCGGAUGUGGUGAAGGACAGAGAGACCGAGAGAAACCUGCAGAGGAUUGCCACCAGGGGCAUGGUGCAGCUCUUCAAUGCUGUGCGGAAACACCAGAAGAACGUGGAGGAGAAGGUGAAGGAGGUGGGCGGGUCCGAGAGGAAGCGGGCCAAGCUCCUGUCCUCCGUGUCCAAGAAGGACUUCAUCGAUGUGCUGCGGGGAACAGAGUCCCCCGGGGAACCGGGCUCCAGAAUUGCCAAAAAAGCUGUGGGCCCGGCUGCAGAAGAGACCCCGGCGUGGAGCGUUCUGAAGGACGACUUCAUGAUGGGCGCCUCCAUGAAAGACUGGGACAAAGAGAGCGAGGGGGAGGACGGGGAGGCGCAGGGAGGCCCCGGGGACUACAGCAGCGAUUCGGACUGAAGCGCCACGCGUGAUAGUGCGUCUGUGUGCGUGUGCAUGCGUUCAUUUGUGUGUGUGUGCGUGCGCGUGUGCGUGUGUGUGUUAGUGCGUCUGUGUGCGUGUGUAUGCGUGUGCAUUCAUUUGUGUGUGUGUGUCCCUUUGUGUAUGUGUGUGUGUGUUCAUUUGUGUAUGAGUAUGCAAGAGACUCUUAAGAUGUGCAGAAUGGGACCCGUUGGUGUUGGUUCUGGUCUGCUGUGUCUUCAUUAUAAGGGAGAAACUGAUCAGAUUACGAGCGUCAUCUGUGUGUCAAAAGAUCCCCUACCAAAGCAAAUCACUUUUUUGUGAUUUUUGAGUGUUUUGUAGGGUUUUUAUUUAGUUUGUUUCUUUCGUCUUUCAUUUUGUUUUUUAUGUGGAAAAUAUUUUUUCCUGAAGUGCUAUAAAGUUAUAUGGCCUAAUA